UUCUGGUCCGCCCCACAUUAAGUCAAGCCGGCCGGAGGAAGGUGGUACAGUUCGAAGCGGCUCCUGCGUUCCGUCUGGUCGGUCCCCUGAGCCUAGAGGACCUCAGGUGUGUCAGCGUCUGGGACCAGGGAACUUCUGCUGUCCAAGAGUUUGAGUUCCUCAGUCUACAUUCCAAUCUUGUGGAAUGAGAGAGGAGCCGGUUAGGCCUGAUUCUGCGCCUGAGUUCUCAAGGAAAACCCAGACUCUGCCCUGGGGAACAAAGUGAAUCCUGAGCUUGAGGACAUCAGCAAGUGUGAAGAGCAGAGAGUGGCAAGAAUGAGAGGGGGGUCAUUCCACAUAUACAGGAGAGCAAUUUCCUGCAGUCCAUUGAAAUCGAGGAACAUGAUAAGGAGGUGGCUGGUUAUUUUUAUCCUUUUUCCCCUGAAGCUCAUAGAGAAAUGUGAGUCCACGGUCAACUUCUCUGUUCCUCCCACCGUGAAGCUGGAAAAUGGAAGCUCCACCAACGUCAGCAUCUCCCUCCCGCGUCCUUUAAAUGCAACCUUGGUGAUCACUUUUGAAAUCACAUUUCGUUCAAAAAACGUUACUAUCCUUCAGCUCCCUGAUGAAGUUGUGGUCCCUCCCGGCGUGACAAAUUCCUCUUUUCAAGUGACGUCUCAAAAUGUUGGACAAGUUACCACUUAUCUGCACGGAAAUCACUCCAACCAGACCAGCCCGAGGAUACGCUUCUCCGUGAUCCACAGCAAUGUCGUCAGCAUCAUAAACCAGGUGAUCGGCUGGAUCUACUUUGUGGCCUGGUCCGUCUCCUUCUACCCGCAGGUGAUCACCAACUGGAGGCGGAAAAGUGUCGUGGGUCUGAGUUUUGACUUCGUGGCCCUGAACCUGAUGGGCUUCGUGGCCUACAGCGUGUUCAACAUCGGCCUCCUCUGGGUGCCCUCCAUCAAGGAGCAGUUUCUCCUCAAAUACCCCAAUGGCGUGAACCCCGUGGACAGUAAUGACGUCUUCUUCAGCCUGCACGCGGUCGCCCUCACCCUGGUUAUCAUGGUGCAGUGCUUCCUGUACGAGCGAGGCAACCAGCGGGUGUCCUGGCUGGCCAUCAGCUUCCUCGUGCUCUCCUGGCUCUUCACACUCAUCGUCCUGAUCGUGGCCGCGGUCAGGGCCACCACGUGGCUGCAGUUUCUCUUCUGCUUCUCCUACAUCAAGCUGGCGGUGACGCUGGUCAAGUAUUUUCCACAGGCCUACUUGAACUUUUACUACAAAAGCACCGAGGGCUGGAGCAUUGGCAACGUGCUUCUGGACUUCACUGGGGGCAGCUUCAGCCUCCUGCAGAUGUCCCUCCAGUCCUACAACAACGAUGAGCACCCCCGUCCCCCCGCAGCCCCACGUGCUCCAGCUGCUUCAGGAGCUGCCAACCUAAAACCAAAACCAAUCCCAUCCCUUCUGGCUGCUAACAGACCAGUGGACGCUGAUCUUUGGAGACCCGACCAAGUUUGGCCUCGGCAUCUUCUCCAUCUUCUUCGAUGUUGUCUUCUUCAUCCAGCAUUUCUGCUUGUACAGAAAGAAACCAGGGUAUGACCAGCUGAACUAGCUCCUAGGGACCCAGCGGAAACAGCCCAGGCCCUGGGCCCUGGUGGGCAAGUUUCCACCAGGAAGGCUGAAGAAGCCGUCUGGAGUGCCGGGCUGGCUCCAUGUGGAGAAGCGCUCUCUUCCUCAGGGCCAAACUCCUUAAACUCGAACCAGCCUGCCUUCGUCCAGGACUCUUCCAGGCCAGGGAGGAACCUACCUCUGGGAUAGGCACCUGACUGUGUGCAGAGAUUAACGGCCAGGCCACUGGCGGCCCCUCCCAGACUCCCCAGAGGUCUCAGCCCCUCCCAGGCCUUGCUGGCCAGGCAUCUGGCCCUCCUGCAUCUUGAUGCUGCAUCUCUAUUUCCUUCAAGGCUUCGGGCAGCACACAGGGCUUCUGGCAGCCGUCCCAGGCAGGAUUGAGCACUGAGCUUGGAGCCAAAGGCCUCGCCCCAAGCAGCCAGUGUUUCUGAGAGCAGCGUGAAGGACUGACCUUGCAGCUGGGAGAGCCAAGGGCGCUUUGCUGCCACUGCUGUGUUCAGAGACCAAGCAGCCAGGUGCCAUGGCCAAUAGACCCAAGGUGCUGGUGCUGGUGGCAGGGGGACUAGGACUUUGGGGUUAGGCCUUGGGGUCCCUCCUCUGAAGGCUGCAUUCUCUGAGCGCUCACUGUCCUGACACUCAUUCUACGUAAAUCCACUUCCACGACUGCAAUCACAGGUGGCCCAGGCCAGGCUCUGGUAAAGAAACAGUAUUUCUGAGCCUUGAGGUACCCAACAGAUUGGUUCAGAACCCGGCUCACAUCCAACACUCUCUGGAUCCUUAUCACACUAACGACCCUUUUGGAUUUUUCAUAGGGAUGUUUUGGAAGUGAGUGGCUUACUUUCUUCUGCUUCUGCCUAUCUCCACUUACCCAUAGUCAGGCCCCAAGCCCCUCCAACUGCUCCUUACCCUGCGUCUGGAGUACAGGACACACACACACACCAGUCUGUGCCUUAGAUGCCUGUUAGACUUGCCAGGUGGUGAAAACAGCUCCCCUGACGGGGAGGGCAGGCCCCCUUCCCUCACUUUCCCCAGACCCCUACCUGAGACUCACCAAUUUGUGGCUGUUCAGGAGCCUCAGAUAAGGACUUAAGACCACCUCACACAAUCCUCGUGGGCCCAACCUGAUCCCAAAGCCCCUCCUUUCCCACACCAAGCAGUUGUCCUUCCUUUGGAGGAGGGGAGGGGAGGGUCCCAGGACGUGCCUUGUACAUGCCAUGAGCUUGUCAAUCCACUGUCAUAGUUAACCAAGAGAUCAACAUGAGGGGCCUCUGUCCUUAAUUAAACCUGAUUCAUUUCCUUUGCA